AUGUACUCCUUCUGGUGCAUGUCCCCCGUCGAGCUCGUCAUCUGGGUCGGGUCUGUACUCGUCGCCGUGUUCGCGACGAUUGAGGACGGGAUCUCCACGUCCGUUGCCGCGUCGCUCGCGCUGCUCCUCGUGCGCCUCGCGCGCCCGCGCGGGCACUUCCUCGGGCGCGUCACGCUGCACAACACGAACGAGUCCAGCUCGCGCGACGUGUACAUCCCGCUGAGCCCGAACAAGUUCUUGAUGAACAAACAUGUGGUGUAUCCGCCGUCGCCCGGCAUGGUCGUGUAUCGCUUCGAGGAGAGUUUCUUGUACCCGAACUCGUCGCUCGUGAACGACGCGAUCGUGGACUUCGCGAAGGCGCACACGCACCGCGGGCGCGACACGACUGGGGUCAAGUAUGGGGUCCGCCCGUGGAACGACCCAGGCAAGAACAGCGAGGUCGAGGACAACGCUGAGAAGCCGCUGCUGCGCGCCGUCGUGAUGGCGUUUCUCGACAGCUUGCGAGUGUACAGCGCACAUGCGCCCUCGCCUGGCACCCUCGCGCCCCUCCCCGUGCUCGCGCUGCUCCCAUGCCCGACCCCAGUGCGCGCGCACACGUCCAACCACGACGCGCGUACUCGUACUCACCUGCGCAUCUCCCCAACACCUGUCCCCGCUCUAUCCCCCCACUUCGCGCGCGCCCGCGCGCCCCCCACGUAG